AUGGCCUACCACGUCGACCCCUCGCGCCAGCACCCGCCACCGCCCGCAUCCUCGUCCUCGUCGUCGUCGUCCCACCCCGCGCCGCACCCGCAGCAGCAGCACGCGCCCCCUCCACCGCACCACCACCACCAGCAGCAGCAGCAACAGCAGCCCGCUCAAGCCCAGCCGUACGGCCGCGGCACCGUCCCUUCCUUCAUCGCCCAGAACCAGCGCACCUACGAGGAGCAGGAGCACCUCCGCCGACAGCGCCAGCAGUACGAGCACCAGCAGCACCUCCAGCAGCAGCACCACCAGCAGCAGCAGCGCGACCACGCCCUCUUUGGCCCCAAGCCCCCGCAGGCCCCGCCCUCGGACGCCUACGUCUACUUCAACCGCCGCCCCCACUUUCGCAAGGACACGCUCGAAAAGGCCCAGGCCGCCAAACUCAAGCUCGAGCACUACUACCAGAAGGCCGUCCAAGAGGCCAUCGACCGCAACACGCGCCGCACCGACCUCGAAAAGCGCCUCGUCGCCGGCCAACCCCCAGCCGCCGCCGCCUCGUCGUCGUCGUCCGACCCGGCCGACCAGGACCGCAAGCAGCGUCAGCUCGCCCAGCUCGGCCGCACCGAGUCGAGCUUCCUGCGCCUCCGACGCACCCGGCUCGGCCUCGACGACUUCCGCACCGUAAAGGUCAUCGGCAAGGGCGCGUUCGGAGAGGUCCGCCUCGUGCAAAAGGUCGACACGGGCAAGAUCUACGCCAUGAAGUCGCUCAAGAAGGCCGAGAUGUUCAAGAAGGACCAGCUCGCCCACGUCCGCGCCGAGCGCGACGUCCUCGCCGAGUCCAACUCGCCCUGGGUCGUCCAGCUGUACUACUCGUUCCAGGACGCCAACUACCUGUACCUCUUGAUGGAGUUCCUCCCCGGCGGCGACCUCAUGACCAUGCUCAUCAAGUACGACACGUUCUCCGAGGACGUCACGCGCUUCUACAUGGCCGAGUGCGUCCUCGCCAUCGAGGCCGUCCACAAGCUCGGCUUCAUCCACCGCGACAUCAAGCCCGACAACAUCUUGAUCGACAAGGACGGCCACGUCAAGCUGUCCGACUUUGGCCUGUCGACCGGCUUCCACAAGCAGCACGACUCGGCCUACUACCAGCGCCUCCUCGAGGGCGGCGACGGCGGCGCGCCCGCCGCAGCCGGCGCCAACGGUCAGCGUGCGGCCUCCAACGGCGGGCGCAACUCGGUCGCGCUCAACUCGAUCAACCUGACCGUGUCGAGCAAGGACGCGAUCGCGACGUGGAAGGCCAACCGCCGCAAGCUCGCCUACUCGACGGUCGGCACGCCUGACUACAUCGCGCCCGAGAUCUUCCUUCAGCAAGGCUACGGCCAGGAGUGCGACUGGUGGUCGCUCGGGGCCAUCAUGUUCGAGUGCCUCGUCGGGUACCCGCCGUUCUGCAGCGAGAACGCGCACGACACGUACCGCAAGAUCAUCGACUGGAAGCAGCAGCUGUACUUCCCCGACGACGUGCGCCUCAGUCGCGAGGCCGAGGACCUCAUCCGCAGGAUGAUCACGUCGGCGGACCAGCGCCUCGGGUCGCACUCGGCCGACGAGAUCAAGAGCCACCCGUUCUUCGCCGGCGUCGACUGGGCCACAAUCCGCAACAUCGAGAGCCCGUUCAUCCCUCAGCUGCGCUCGCUCACCGACACGUCCUACUUCCCGACCGAGGACCUCAACGACGUGCCCGAGCAGCCGUCGCCGUCGGCCGGCGGCGACGGGACGGCCCAGGGCGCCAACGACCUCAUCUGGCUCGGGUACACCUUCCGGCGGUACGAGGGCGCGCCGAGCCACUCGGCCUGGUGA